UCUGGUCCAGUAAAGGGUCCAGUCUGGUCCACUAAAGGGUCCAGUCUGACCCACUAAAGGGUCCAGUCUGGUCCACUAAAGGGUCCAGUCUGGUCCAGUAAAGGGUCCAGUGUGGACCCUGGGGUGAAUGUGUCAGAUACAGAAGUACAGACCAGACCACUGACAUGUGUUCCAGUCCUUUUAGGUCCUGUCAGUCUAAAGUGGACCAGAACCAGGAACAGACUCCAGUAAUAACGUAUAAAUCAUCAGAACUGGACUUUGUGUUUAAGUGAAAACAGUCAAAUUAAACCAAAGUGUUUACAUUUACAGACGAGCCUUGAACAAAACAUGUGAAUUUCUGGGACAUGUGAACAGAAGUCUGGAAUUUAACUCAUGUUCUGUCUGUUCUUAAAUGUGUGUUUGUAGAUCCACUGUGAACAGGAGUACAUGAUCAACGGAGGCAGAACAUCGUUCACAUCACACUCAGUUCACUGUAGAAUUCUAGCCUGUUCAUGUUAGUUCAUGUUGUGUUCAAGUACAGUUCGUAAAUGUGAACUUUUUCAUUAUGGAGUUUACUUUGUUCACUCAAACGUUGUGAUCCUGUUAUUUCUGUUGGACUGGUCCGGUCCGGUCCACUACAGACCACAUUAGACUGAGUAUGGAACUGAUCUGACAUGAGUCUGACAGACCUGGUCUACAGGAGCCCCCAUAAGACAGCAGGGUUCAGGUGGACCAGGUUCAGAUGGUCCAGAGGGUUCAGAUGGUCCAGAGGGUUCAGAUGGUCCAGAGGGUUCAGAUGGUCCAUAGUUUAGUUAGUGGUCACUGAUUAGUGUACUUAAUGGUGACUGGUUAGUUUAGUCUGUCUCCUCAGUUUCCCAUCAUGCCUCAGUGUUUGUCCUGUUUCUCCUCAGUUUCCCAUCAUGCCUCAGUGUUUUUCCUGUUUCUCCUCAGUUUCCCAUCAUGCCUCAGUCUUUGUCCUGUUUCUCCUCAGUUUCCCAUCAUGCCUCAGUCUUUGUCCUGUUUCUCCUCAGUUUCCCAUCAUGCCUCAGUGUUUUUCCUGUGUUUCCUCAGUUUCCCAUCAUGCCUCAGUGUUUGUCCUGUGUUUCCUCAGUUUCCCAUCAUGCCUCAGUGCUGGUGCAGGUAUCUGAGGGGGGGUCGGCCCUCCUCCCCUGUUCUUCUUCGAAGCCUCUCUCUGACGGCGCCGUGGUGGAGUGGCUCCGGGACACGCCCCCCCUCACCGUCCACAUCCGCCGCAGCGACCGCGACCAGCCGUCCGAACAGGACAGGCUGUACCAACGCCGCACCGCCAUGAAGGCCGACGCCUACAAGAGCAGAGACCUGAGCCUGACCCUGAACGACACCACCAUCUUUGACAAAGGAGUCUACAUCUGCUCUGUGACGGACGGAAGCAAACUACCAGACCAGGAGGUGGAGCUGAAGGUCCACCUGAAGGACGAUGCAAUCUCCAGACGUCUGUCUGAUCUGAGGGACGCUGUCAUCGUAGUGGGCGUGUUCACGGGCAUCGGCUUCAUUGGAGGAAGUGGAUACCUGCUGUACAAAAAAUACACAAAAGGAUCUACACGGGGUGGAAACAUAUGACAUCAGCUGACUCAUGUGUGAGGAUGAAGAGGAGCAGGAGGUUUCCAUGACAACGCAUGCCUGAGGACAAACACACACACACACACACAUAGUCAGCUGAUUCACAUGUUGAUUUUCUGUCCUCAUCCACUGAAGACUGAAGGUCUGGGUUUGGUCUGGGUUUGGUUUGGGUUUGGUUUGGGUUUGGUUUGGGUUUGGUCUGGGUUUGGUUUGGGUUUGGUUUGGGUUUGGUUUGGGUUUGGUCUGGGUU